UAAGUGUUAGUCUCUUGGCAACAGUCAUCCCCGAAACUCACAGAGAGAAAUGGGGAAGGAGAAAGGAGAGGAUGAGCAGGAAAUGGCUUCUCUAGCGGAAGAAGGCAGUCUGGUACCAGCCCUUGCCAUUGGAAUGCCAAACCACCAGAAAGUUGGUCAGACCAGUUCUAAGAAAGGUGGCGGAUGGGUGACAGCCCCUUUUAUUCUGGGGAGUUCAUUGGCUUCCUCGAUUGCCUGUUAUGGAGCAACCAUAGACCUAUUGCAGUUCCUUGUUCUCCGGUUCAACAUCAGCAACAUUCGCGCAUCGCAGAUCACCAAUAUAAUCAACUCUGUCACGUCCCUGUCUCCGGUGGCCGGCGCCGUCCUCUGUGAUUCCUACCUGGGCUGCUUCUUAACCAUUUCUCUCUUCACGUUCAUCUCCUUCUUGGGGACUUUGAUGUUAGCAUUGGCAGCAUCGCUUCCAUCCUUGGCGCCACCUUCGUGCAGCCACCAACUUGGCUCGUGCCAACCCCCCACGCCGACCCAGUUUGCCUUCCUGUGCUUGGCCUUCAGCGUCACCACAUUGGGCACAGCAGGAACCAGCUUCACCUACGUUACGAUCGGCGCAGACCAGUUUGACAGGAAGGAGGAGCAGGAAAGGUUUGUCAGUUACUUUUUCCUCACGACCACAGUCUCGACUUUUCUACCGUCGACGGUGAUCGUUUACAUCAUGGACAACGUGGGAUGGAACUGGGGCUAUGGACUUUGUGCAGUGCUGUGCGCCGUUAGUUUCGCGCUGUUUGUUCCAGCCAAGUGGUGCUGCAGGAACGUGAGGCCGGAAGGCAGUCCUUUCACCAACUUGGCUCGCGUUGUGGUCAGUGCAGUUCGAAAAAUUAAGCUCAGGCUGUCAGUGAAGGAAGAGGACUACUAUCAUGGCAGUGACAAGCAUUCACAACUGACUUCUAAUCUCAGUUUCAUCAACAAAGCUGCUCUUAUAGCGGGAGGUGACACCCACUUGGAUGGAUCCAUAGCAAAGCGCUGGAGACUAUGCACUAUCCAAGAAGUGGAAGACCUCAAGCCUCUGAUCCGGCUGUUCCCUCUAUGGUCCACCGGAAUCUACCUCACCGUCGCCACUGCCGUUCAGACCAAUCUUACCAUCCUGCAAUCUCUCGUCAUGGACCGCAGUCUGGGCUCAAGCUUCAAGGUUCCGGCAGCUUCCUUCCAAGUCUUCUUCUACGCCAGCAUGGCCAUCUCCCUACCACUCAUCGACAGAUUCUUUUAUCCGUUCUCCAGGUUGAUGGUUCGACGGCCGCUUACCCUUCUUCACAAGAUAGGCGUGGGACAUGUGAUAACCAUCGUUGGCUUGGCCGCCAUGGCCUGUGUUGAGGCAAGAAGGCUUCAGGUAAUCCACCAACGUGGUCUUGCCGUCGCCGGCGACCACCUUGAUGCCGUUGUUCCAAUCUCAGCCCUUUGGCUGGUCUUGCCGCUGGUGAUCCUUGGAGUAGGCUCGGCUUUCUAUAUUCCUAACCAAGUGAACUUGUACUACCAAGAAUUUCCGGCUUCCCUCAAGAACGUCGGCACGUCAAUGUCCUCGUUGGCUGUUGGGAUCGGAUAUUAUUUGAGCACAACCUUGGUUCACGCAGUGCAGAAGGCGACGCCAUGGCUGACUGAUGAUAUCGACAGAGGACGUGUAGACAACGUCUACUGGUUGCUUGUGGCAUUGGGAGCGCUCAAUUUCCUUUACUACGUCUUGUGUGCUAAGCUUUACGAAUUGAAGAGCAGUGGCUAGCCAUGUGGUGCUUGUCAAUCAAUUUCCACCAGCUACGUGUAAUAUGAAAAUAAAGGAUAGUAAUAUAUUAUACA